UUUUUAGAGAGAGAGGGAGAGAGAGAGGGAGAGAGAGCUUGGAAAAUGGCAGGCUGUUCGACAAGCGGGUUGCCCAAGUGGAUGCCCGCCGCCACCAGGGUGGAGUUUGACGGCGUCUCGUCUGAAAAUGUACCGGAGUCGGACUCCCACUCCACCUCGUCCCCGCAGCCUCCCUCCGCUUCUCGUCUCGGCUCAGCUUCGUCCGACUCUCAGACGGGGUUCGGGGAGAGGGCGCUCUCCGCCGCGGGCGCCGCCGUGAUUUCCGCCGUCCUUGUAAAUCCCCUUGACGUCGCAAAGACGAGGUUGCAGGCGCAGGCAGCUGGAGUCUCAUAUUACCCUACGCAGCAUCAGUAUGAAAGGCGCUUUGCGUCUCUUGGUCCAAGCACAAUGUUUUCAGAUUUAAGAUGCUCCCCAUCCUGCACCCGGGCUGCGAUAUUUGGCACUGAAUCAGUUUGCCCUCCUGAUUGCUUCCAGUACAAGGGAACAAUGGAUGUCAUCAAUAAAGUUGUUAGGCAGGAAGGCUUUGCUAGAUUGUGGAGGGGUACAAAUGCAAGUUUAGCAUUGGCUGUACCAACUGUAGGAAUAUACUUACCAUGCUACGACAUAUUCUGCAAUUGGAUUGAGGAGUUCACUGUCCGCAAUGCUCCAAUUUUAAUACCUUGUGUCCCUUUAUUUGCCGGCACGCUUGCACGCUCAUUAGCAUGUAUUUCUUGUUCACCGAUUGAGCUCGCAAGAACACGCAUGCAGGCAUAUAAAGAAUUGAGACCUGGAGUGAAACCCCCUGGAAUAUGGAAAACACUAGUUGGAGUUCUAUCUUCUGUUCGUACAAAUGACAACCAUAACUUGCGAGGCUAUCGCGUCCUGUGGACAGGUAUGGGAGCACAACUAGUCCGUGAUGUUCCCUUUUCCGCCAUAUGCUGGCCAACUCUUGAGCCGAUUCGUCGAAGAUUACUUUCAGUAGUCGGUGAUGAAGGUAAUGCCGCUAGUGUUUUAGGGGCAAACUUCUCAGCUGGUUUUGUGGCUGGGAGUAUUGCUGCUUUCGCCACAUGCCCUCUCGAUGUCGUGAAAACGCGGAGGCAAAUUGAGAAGGAUUCAUCAAGGGUUCUAAAUAUGACGACGAGACAGACAUUGGCAGAGGUUUGGAGGACUGGAGGCUUGAAAGGUCUCUUUACCGGUGUAGGCCCUCGUGUCGGUCGAGCGGGUCCUUCUGUUGGCAUCGUAGUCUCCUUCUACGAAGUUGUCAAAUACAUUUUACAUCAAAGGAAUGCAGACUCGUGAAAAAAGUAAGAUUGCCUGAUAUGCAAGUCGAUGCUCAUGGAUCUUCAAAGUUUGCUGCGCAAAGAAUUGCUUCCCUCAAACUCGCUAACCUGGCCAUCAAUGGUUGUCUUCUAACCAUACCACAAAAUAGAAUAAGAUGUCCCAGUUUUGUCAGAAAAUAUAUUCGAUGACAUAAAUUUUGUGCAUCUGUUUAUGUUCUUGCGCCGAAGGAUGCUUUGCUUUGUUGUCGCAUUAUAGCUCAAUUUGAUCGCGUAAAAAAUGGCGAUGAGCUGAUUUUGUUGAUGAAAACAUUGUUGUCGUUCAUAAUCAUGCUACUGCUUCUGUGCACUGUGAA